AUGGCGGAUCAGCUAACCGACGAUCAGAUCUCCGAAUUCAAGGAAGCGUUCUCUCUAUUCGACAAGGACGGCGAUGGUUGCAUCACGACCAAGGAGCUGGGGACCGUGAUGCGUUCCCUGGGGCAGAACCCCACUGAGGCCGAGCUCCAGGACAUGAUCAACGAGGUCGAUGCCGAUGGAAACGGGACCAUAGAUUUCCCUGAGUUCCUCAACUUGAUGGCUCGCAAGAUGAAGGACACUGACUCGGAGGAGGAGCUCAAGGAGGCUUUCCGGGUUUUUGACAAGGAUCAGAAUGGGUUCAUCUCAGCAGCUGAGCUUAGGCAUGUGAUGACAAAUCUAGGGGAGAAGCUGACUGACGAGGAGGUUGAUGAGAUGAUCCGCGAGGCUGAUGUGGAUGGGGACGGGCAGAUCAACUAUGAGGAGUUCGUCAAGGUCAUGAUGGCCAAAAGGCAAAAACAAAGGAAUGAAGGUAGCGGACGAGAACACAAGAAAACAACCAAUGGGAACGCCUCUCGUACUCGGAGAAGCUUCAAGAGGGACAAACUCCGUGGUUGUGCAAUCCUUUAA